CCGCUCCCGCAUGGCGCCGGCUCGCUCCGCUCGGGGCUGGCCCCGCGCGCUCCUGGGCCGCGUCCUGCCCGCCCGGCCCUACGGCCGCAGCGCCGCCGACGGGCGCCCCGCGGGGCUGUACGAGCUGCUGGGCGUGCCGGCCAGCGCCACGCAGGCGCAGAUCAAGGCGGCCUACUACGAGCAGAGCUUCCGCUGCCACCCGGACCGCAACGCGGGCAGCGCGGAGGCGGCCGCGCGCUUCACGGCGCUGCACCAGGCCUACGCCGUGCUGGGCAGCGCCGCCCUGCGCCGCCGCUACGACCGGGGCGCGCUGAGCCGCCAGGAGCUGCGCGCGCCCGCCCCGGCCCCGGCGCCCGCCCGCCGCCCGCCCGCCUUCGACUUCGACGCCUUCUACCGCGCCCACUACGGCGAGCAGCUGGAGCGGCAGCAGCUCCUCCGCCAGCGGCGCCAGCGGCUGCAGCGGCAGCGCGAGGAGGCGGCCCGGCGCUGGCAGCCGGACAGGCUGGCGGAGUUCUCGGUCGCCGUGCUCCUGCUCUCCGCCAUGGCGCUGCUGGUCGGCACGAAGUGACGGGCCGCCCCCGGACUCGGCCCAAGGCUUUGGCGGUGCCGACGGACAGGCCCCGCCUGGGGAAGGGUCGCUGCGGAGAGAUCUACGGAUGGGGCCGCCCCGGGCCUUGUGCUUUUGCGGGGACACCUUAGGGGAGCUGGGAUGCCAUUAAAAUGUCUUCACA